GUCUCAUAGACAGCCAUAAAAAUGUGCAUGGGGACACGCCGCGGCCACUGCCAUCCGCGCCGCCCAGGUGGAACAACCCUCGCCCCUCUGCCUUCAGCAGUAGGGGGUCGUUUUCAGGCAGGUACCCCCAGCAAGCUUCCAGGAAUUUCCAGCUGCACCAAGGUCAGUCCUGGAGGAAAAAAUACUCCCUCGUCAACCGGCCGCCGGGAUCGGGGUUCGAUGCCAGAAGGGGUCGGAGUGCCAGCACCUCUUGGGGUUUUGAAAGCCAUGGGGACAACCGGAUUCCAGAGCCACCAGAAUCGUCCCCAGAGAGACACGUGGACCUAACCACAGAUGGUAACAUAGUUGUGGGGAUCCAGCUGCCAGAGAGGGCUGGUCCCUUUGGAGGUUUUGGUGAUGUGGGUUCUUACUGUGAGUUUUCUGGGGUGAAAACAGAGGCCGCUGCUCCGGACGAUGGUAAAAACGUGCAGGGAUUUCCGUACGCGAGCCAAAAUGAAGAGAGGAGACCUUCUCUCUCCGUUUCGUUCAGUUCAUCGCACCGGUUCGUGAGUUCGGCGUACGUGAGCGUGUCGGAUGCCCCUCGAACAGUGCGUCUGGCCAGUGACGUGGCCAGGAGCUCGGCUGCCUCCUGCGGAAGCUCCAGUGAAAGCGCCGUGACGCUGAAAUCGGAGCCGCAGCAGCCUUCGGUGUUGCCGGAUCGUGAGCGGGCUCAGCACUUGGUACAGAUAAAGGUAGAACCACCAGCUCCAGGGCAGUCUAGCUGUGAGCAAGUCAGGGAUGGUUUCGGAGAGCCGAAGCUCCUUGGAAAUGCCGAAACGUGGUCUAGACCUGCACAGGCGGUGACUCUGGUACCUGGGCUGUCUCCGAUAAAGAGCAGGUUUUUCGUAGUCCCCAAAACUGCCGGUUUCCAAAGAGCCGCCUCAACGCCCGUCUCCAGCAAAGCUCCCAAAUUCAGGAAAACGAAUUACACGUGGGUGGCAAACCCUGGGAAAUGCUCGCGUGUUGUGAAGAGAUGGGGCAGCCCUAGAGCUUCGGAUAGCGCCAAGAAGGUCGCCGGUGGAGCGGACAGAGGUGCUAAAGUCUCCCCAAAAGCAGAUUUGGGAGUAAAGCUGAAGAAAUCGGGGCUGCAGUCCAAACUGGGUGUUUCUCCCAGCAAAUAUAAGUGGAAAGCCUCCAGCCUGCAGACCUUGCCCUCCACUUCCAGGUCAGCAUUUAGGUGGCGAUCCGAGGAUCUGAAAAAGCCUCCGGUCCCCAACCUCCCUCGACCCGGCGCUGCCCCGCAGCCUCCGAGCGCUGCGUCCGUCGGGGUGAAAUCCUCCCUCGGCGAUGCUGCGCUGUCCAGUUAUAAAGUGAAAAGUCGGACAAAAAUCAUCAAGAGGAAAGGAAACUCGGGCUCCCCAACGGAUAAGAAGAGCAGCUCCUCACCUACCACGCCUCUGAGAAGCCACUUCCACCUCAGGAAGAAAACCUCGGCGCGGGGGAAACCUUCUGUGACGCUGAAACGCUCCUCGCCCAAAGGCCUGGUGCAGAUCACCAAGCACAGGCUCUGCAGGCUGCCGGCCACCAGGAUGCAGGGCUCCACCAAGGAAG